AUGGACGGGCUGACGGCGCCUGUGAGCUUCCUCUUUACUGAGCAAGACGCCCUUGAGUCGGAGCGAGUGUGGACAGCCGCGCUUCACGAUGACUACGACACUGAUGGCGGGGUCUCUUCACUCUGGGCAGACAACGUCACCUGGUAUGGCCCCGCCGGGGUUGGCACAGCCUCAUCGCGUGAUGCGUAUCAGAAGCACUGGCUAGUGCCCCUGCGUGCAGCCUUCUCCAACCUGACAAGAGAGACCGACUUGGUUGUCUGCGAGGGUCCUUACUGCGGGGCGCAUUUUUACCUGUGGG